AUGGAAGACAGCGUCAUAGCAGUAAAAGAAAAAGAAAUACAAAAACUAAGGAAUGAAAGUAAACAAUUAGACGAUGAGAUUGAAAGGAUGGAAAAACAAUACACAGAAGAUGAAGAGAGGAAACAUAAAACUGAAAGAGACAAUGAAGAAUUAAUGAAAAAGGUAGAAGAAAUACUCAAGGUGCUUGAAACUAACAGUGAAGAAGAAAUGGAACAAUUUAUUUUACAAGCACAACAUGAAGUAAAGAAAAAGAUUUACCAAGAAAAUGAAAUGAUAGAAAGAAUGAAGAGAGAAAAUGAAGAACAAGAAAAAGAAAGGAUGGAAAGAAUUAAAAUACUGACAAACACAGAGGAAUAUCUUAUUGAGAAAAUAAGAGAAACUAAGACAAUGUAUGAGAAAAUAAAAAAAGAGAAUGAAAAGAUUUCAACAAGAAAUCAAAUGAUGGAAAAAGAAAUUAAAGAAAUAAAAGAGGAAGUGAAGGAAAGAAAACGACGGAAAGAAGAAAAAACAUCAUCAAAAGUCAAAUAG